AUGGACAAGGUUAUGGUUACUGGCGUCGCCUGUGUCCUGGCAGCGCAGUCCAUGAUGACAGCUGGAGUCCCCACUUCAUGGCCAACCCCUGAAGACCCUCCUGUGGUGGUCGACGAUCACCAGGGCCACCACCACGAUGUCCACAUCUACCAUCACUAUGAUCAAUACGAUCGCCAUCAUGACGGUCACCACGAUCACCACCAUGAUGAUGACUAUGAUCAUCACCAUGAUCAUCACCAUGAUCAUAACCACAGCCACCAUCAUCAUGAUAACCAUGACCAUAAUGAUCACCACCAUGUUGAUCAUCAUGAUCCUAACAAUCACUGUGGUCACUUCAACCGUAAAUUUCCACCUGUUGGGUACAUAUGA